AUGAUGGAAGUCGCUAAGCAACUGAUCAACGAGAACCAAGCGGGCUUCGUACCUGGGCGGUUCAUUGCCCAAAACGCUCUGCGGUGUCAGGUCAUAAUGGAAGAUGCUGAACGAACCAUGAACUUGGCCAAGAAGAACAAUGUGAUACACCAAAUGCCCAAAGUAAUUGACCUUAGUCUUGAUCAGGAAAAAGCGUACGAUCGAGUUAACCUCUCGUACCUUCAAACUGCACUCAUUACUUACGGCUUCCCUGCUAAUCUUGUCCGCUGCAUCAUCAACAUGAUGGGCCAAAAUCUCUUGCGCAUCAAUGUGAAUGGUUACUUUACCGAAGAUGUUCCCAAGCUGCGAGGCUUAAAGCAAGGUGACCCCAUUUCCUCUAUUUUGUACAAUUUGGCUAUUGAACCCUUUCUGCGGUCUAUUCUCAAUGAUCCAUUAUACCACGGCUAUCAAAUGCAGUAUGCAACUGACUAUCCCAACUAUAAUGCUAAUGACCCUUUAGUUCAUGUGUCAAAAAUCCUAUGUUACGCUGACGAUGCUUUUGUAUUUGUUCAAGACCUUCCUGAUCUGGCAAGACUCGAGUACCACUUAGAUGUCUAUUGCAAUGCAACCAAUGCCAAGAUUAACUACAACAAGGUCGAAGCUAUCUCGCUCUCUGGUCAAAACACAUGGUCAUAUUGGCAAGCACGACUCUCAGAAAUGAAUAUCACAAAAUUCACAUCCAACAAGGAUUCCAAUCCAGUGAUCUAUCUCGGGUUUCCUCUGCUGCAAUCGGUUCAACAACGUGAAGUAUUUAUCGGUGGUCUUGUCGACAAUCUCCGGACAGCUACCAAAAUCCACAGUGUAAGAAGUCUCUCCGUCGUUGGCAAAGCUACAGUGCUCAACAGUUUGAUUUUGUCCAAAUGCUGGUAUGUACUACGAGUAACUCCGUUUGCUCAAAGUAAUGUUCAAGCUAUUCAGUCCAUUUGCACCAAGUUUCUACGAAAAGGCAUCUUUCCUGUUAUCCCCUGGGCCACAUGGACCAAGCCGAAGCCAUUAGGUGGAUUAGGUGUUCUGGAUGUUGCUCUGCAACAAUCAGCCCUAUACUUUCGUUGGGUUCAACCGCUCCUCCAUCCCUCUGACUCGCCCCACAUCCUAGAUCUCAUGCUGGUCAUGCUAGUGAAUAAGCAAAAUCAGAGUGCGCAUGUGCAGGUUCCGUUGCUCUUUCCCCUCACACGAGCCACUGGUCUCACUAAACAACGCACCAACACGGUAACAAUGAUCUACAAAUCAGUUGACCGCCUCAAACGCAUCAAUGAACCAGUUCACCUCAAUAUUGCUACCGUCUCAAUCCUACCUGUCAAAGCCAUUCUGCAGCCGUCUGCCACUGUCUCCAAAAUGCCGAUUAGGGCCACUCAGUUGCAAGUAAAGGAUCUCUAUCAACCCAAUCCUGACCAACCUCUGCAACUAGAAGCACGAAAAGCACCAACCAUCCCAGCUGACAUUCGACGCGCUUGCAAGAAAAUCCUGAAGCAAAUCAACGAGAACAAAGUACAUAUCCAACCGUACUUUCACCUCAUGCUACAACCCCCUCAGGAUGGCACCAAUCGCACAACCGACAUCUCCUUUAAGCCGUUCAUUGACUCCUAUGACUUCAACAGCCAGCAAGGACUCACACGACAGAUUUCAACCAGAACAUUCCGCACAGCAUGCAUCGAGGCUCACACCUUCAGCAUCGCCAGGUCCAACUGGAAUUUCUUCUGGUCUCUGUCCCUGAACCUUGUCCACCGUAAUGUCAUCUAUCGCUUCCUCACCCACACCAUCCCGACCAAACGCCUGCUACACUACUUUGAGAUAGCUGAGUCACCUCUCUGCCCGAUCUGUGGUAACGAAGAAAAUGUUGUACACUUGCUUUUCCUCUGUUCCAGUAAGGUAUCCAUCUGGAAAGCUAUCAUCUUUGAAUUCCUGUGGCCAACCGUUUCGAUUGGUGAUGUUAUCCAAGCCUGUUCCUCUCUUGACUUUGUAAACAUCAAAUAUGUCUCCAAAUCGUACACCACUGCUCACACGGUCGUACUGGUAACACUUGGCAACAUUUGGCGAGCUCAAGUUCGUAUGAUCUUUCAUUCGACUCCAUUUAUAUGGAUCGAUGUGGUCCAGCAGAUCAAGAACGAGCUUCUUCAACUAGAUGCCCAAACUGAAAUUCACAAACAAUUGUAA